UUAUAUUUGGUCAUAAUGUUCAUAUGACCAAAACACGUUACAGCACGUCGCCUACCGAAAAUAUAGAAAAACCAGAGCUAGUUUGACCUUUGCAAGAAAACCCCAACCAACCCUCCCAAAACCACCACCACCAUCAUCAUCUUCAACCAAAACCUGCAACACUCAUUCCUUCCUCCAAUGGCGAUCAUCACUUCUCUCUCUAUCCUCCUCAUCCUCUUCUUCUCUCUCUCUACACCUUCUCUUUCCCUCACUUCACCGUACCUCUCUCCCACAACCCUCUUCCCAGAUUACCAAAAAAUGCUCAACUCUUUCAGAAUUUACAUUUACACCCCUCCCAAGCCCUUCACCUUCACCACACCAUCCGAGUCUCUCUUCCACUCUUCUCUCCUCAACAGCUCCUUCCUCACCCAAAACCCCAAUCAAGCUCACCUUUUCUUCGUCCCCUUCCCCUCCGAUCAAUCCAAACGCUCCCUCUCCCGCCACCUCAGGGACCUCAGGAUCAACCUCCCGUACUGGAACCGCACUCUCGGCGCCGACCAUUUCUUCGUCUCACGCGCCGGCGUCGCCUUCGAAUCGGAUCGGAACCUCGUCGAGCUGAAGAAAAACUCCGUCCAAAUCUCGUGUUUUCCGACCACCUCCGGCAACUUCAUCCCUCACAAGGAUAUAACUUUGCCUCCGAUGAGCCCUUCCUUACUCUCACUCCCCCACGCGCCGGUCAACGAAACGGCGAGGUUUGUAGGGUUUUAUUACAAGCGGAGUGGGGAAAAUGAGUCCAUUUUGGUCAACGAAUUGAACGGUGAUCCUGAGUUUCUGGUUGGAUCAGAGCCGUCUGAUUAUGUGGAGGGCCUAAGGAGGAGCAAGUUCUGUUUGUUCGUGUACGGUGACGAUGUGGUCUUGAUUGGGGAGGCGUUGACUUUUGGGUGUGUGCCGGUGGUGAUCACGGACCGUCCAAUUCAGGACCUGCCGUUGAUGGACGUGGUGAGGUGGUCGGACAUCGCGGUGUUUGUGGGGACAGGUGGAGGGGUUGAGAGAGUGAAGGAGGUGCUGAGUCGGAUCGGUGGGGAUCAGUACGAGCGAAUGCGGGAAUCAGGUGUGACGGCGAGUCAGCAUUUUAUAUGGAACGCGUCGCCGUUGCCGUACGAUGCGUUUCAUAUGGUGAUGUAUCAGCUGUGGCUGAGACGGCAUACGAUCAGAUACGCCCGGAGCGAAGUGGUUUGAUAAGGGGAUAGGAUCGGAUCAUUUGUCCUAUGGCCUUUGCCAUUACAACUAUUUUUGUUAUUUGUUGAUUAAUCAUUUGCGAUUGUGUACAUUAGUCAAUAUUUAAAUGUGUACGAUGUUAAAACCAUGUUAAUGUCUGAAGGGUGAAUUUAGAUA